AUGGAGCCUCCCAACAGCAGCGCAGCCAGCCAGCUGAACACGUGCUUCGGGGUGUUCAACGCCAGCGAUGGCCGCAACAAUACACAGAAGAGCAUCACCUCGCCCUGGUUCUCCACCGCCUUCGGCCUCAUCGGCCUCUGCUCCAACCUCUUUGCCCUCUGCGUCCUGCUCAGCUCCUCCCGCAAGCUGUCCAGCCGGACCCGCUCCUCCUUCCUCGUCUUCCUCUGCGGGCUGGUGGUCACGGACUUCAUGGGGCUGCUGGUGACAGCCUCGGUCAUCAUCCCCUACCAUUUCAUCAAGUUCACCUGGGCCAAGGUGGACCCCAGCUGCCAUCUCUGCAACUUCCUUGGCUUCUCCAUGAUCUUCUUUGGGCAGUGCCCGCUGCUGCUGGGGGCUACCAUGGCCGGUGAGAGGUUCUUCGGCAUCAACCACCCCUUCUCCCGCUCCACCAGCAUCUCCAAGCGCCGCGCCUGGUCCAUCGUGGGGCUGGUGUGGGGCUUCUCCUGCCUGCUGGGGCUGCUGCCAAAAAACACGCUGCAGUACCCCGGCUCCUGGUGCUUCCUUACGCUCCUGCCUGACACCGGCAACGUUGUCUUCUGCCUGCUCUUCGCCCUGCUGGGCAUCUUCUCUGUGCUGCUCUCCUUCAUCUUCAACACAGUCAGUGUGGUGACGCUCUGCCGUGUCUACCACAACCGGGAGUCAGUGCAGCGGCGCCGGGACAGCGAGGUGGAGAUGAUGGUGCAGCUCGUGGGCAUCAUGAUCAUCGCCACCAUCUGCUGGAUGCCCCUCCUG